UGGUUUCGCAAGGGCUGCACAACAAUGAUCAGCUGCAUCAUGCUUGUGAAAACCAGGGUAGCUAUAAAGACUGUAAAUAUUUUAGUUGCAUUGUGAUUACAAUAAUAAGUACCCGUUGCUUACUUUUACCAAUUCAAUAAAUUCCAAUCAUAAUCUAACAAAGUAUUCAACAUGAAUAAGGACAACUCAAGCAUGCAAAUGGAUCCUGAUUUGGCGCUGCGGCUGCUUGCAGAUGGUGCUGUUCUCGUCAUAGCUGGCGUUCCCGUGGGUACCGAAUUUGGCGUAGAUUUAUGUGCCUACACAAUUGGUCCCGAUUUCCGGGGAAUCAAGAUGAUACCACCGGGCGUACAUUACGUGUGGUGUGCCUCCCGUGGACCGUAUGGCGACACUGCGCCUCGUGUGGGCUUCGUGCACUACUUUCAUCAAAACGAGAUUCUGGUACGCGAAUGGGACAAUGAACUGGAGGAGCUGCGUCCACGGCAAACAGCUGAGCCAGAGCUGGAACGUGAACGCAUUCGCAAGAAUCUGACACAGCUGGAGCGCGUACUGGCGCCCUACGACUACAGAUACGUUUGCAAAUGGAAGGAUCUGACGGGUAGCGUUAGUGAAUCUUGCGUUGCCCGCUGUCGUCCAAAGCGAGGAACCAUACGCACCAACAUUGAGCUACAGUCCUGCCCCAAUGCAGAGCGACCACGCGGCAGUGCAAGCGGCAUCAGCAAACGUCAGGCAGCUGCCAAAUUGUUACUAGACGAAAGUGAAAUGCUCCCCAAUUUGAAGCCUGUGGAUGGCACAGCUCCACGCUUUUGUGCGGUGCCAGCACGUGUUCCCCAGGAUGCACCACCAGCAGAUAUCUCACGACAUGCCAUCGAUUGCAUUGCAGCGGUGAAUAAACUGUUCGAUAGCUUCACGAAUGAGAACCCCGAUGGGCUCAUUGAGGAACUGCAGCUGGCAUUUGUAUUUUUCCUGGUUGGCUACUCGGUUGAAUCUUUGGAUCAUUGGCGCAAAUUGCUUGCACUGCUGGCACAUUCCGAGACGGCAGUCAGCAAGCACAAGCUGGCCUACAUGAAGUACAGUGAAGUACUUGCCCAUCAGCUGCCUCAUCUGCCAGAGGAAUUGAUGACACCCAGUCCACACAACACGGUGUACAAAGAUGUGCGCGAGUUGCUCGUCAAUCUGUAUGCUGGGGGUUUGAUGGUGAGUGCGGAGCGGCUGAUGAAGCGACUAGGCAAACAGAUGGGCUGGCAUUUUGAGGGUCUGCUGGAUGAGGAUCCCGAGGAUCAGCCGGUGGUUAUUGAAAUAUAAGGCUGUCGUCUUUGUUUUCAGCGUAGCGAAUGCUGUGUACGCAAAUAGUUCCACAAAUCUCGAGCGGUGCGUAUGCUGACCAUGAAUUGGCACAGUUUCGUCUCAAUCAGACACAGUAUGAUGAACUUGGCGCG